AUAAUAUAAAUUUUUAAACACUAAGUCCAGCAAUAGGCACAACAAUUAACAGAAACUUUACGAACACACUCCAACAACAAAUUUUCAAUAACAGACGAAAUUUUGUCCGACGUGCUAAAGUGGAAUUUAAUAUUAGAGCGCGAAGAGCUACGAUACUGAAAGGCGUUAUAUACAAUGCUCCUGACAGCUUGAAAUAUGCAUGCGCGCGCACCCCUCCAUCAUAUACGUACUUUGUAUUGAAACUGUGGCUAAAAACAAAAACAUUACACUACGUCAGUGUAACAGGAUACGGAUCUCUGGCUAAAGAUGUUAGAAACUACAUGAACUGCAUCUAUCUGCUUUGUUCUGGAACAUGAAUAAAAUUGACCCUUUGAAAACUCCAAUUUAACGAAAGCAUUUAUUUAGGGUUAACAAGAUACAGUAUCCUGAUUACACCUAAAACGAUGUUUUAUUAAAGUUCAUAAAAUGUUAUAUCAAUGGGGAAAGUGUUCAGUCACACCUUCACACCAAUUCAACUGUUAUUAUUCACUGAAGGACAUUUAUACAAGAUUAUCAAAUGACAUUCCCAGGAAAGUAUUUUCUAACUUAUGACCCCUCAUCAAUUUUUAUCAUCAUUUAAAGACUAAAGGAAGAUGUUAUACAGAACAGAUAUAACACAGUUUAUAUAAAUCUGUUGGGAAUUAGUUUGAAAUAUUUCUUCUAACUGGAAUUAUUGGCAAAAAUGAAGAAAUUUCUAAAGGAAUUUGCUACAUCACCAAGCACUGGUAAAGAACACAAUCAAGUUAAAUAGAAAAUUAGAAAUAUUUAUUAGGAAAAUAAUAUAAAAACACAAAAAAGAACAGUGUAUAUUGUGAGGAAAAUCAAAACAUUAUGGAAAGUGAAUUAUGUGGGAAUCAGUAUAAAUGUGAAAGAGGAUUGAAAAAGAUUGAUUUUCCUGAUGAGAAACCGAAAGAGACAGGGAAACCAUUAUACAAUUGUGAUACCUGUAAAAAGUCAUUCACUCAAAAAAGUAACUUAACUAUUCACAAACGUAUUCAUACUGGAGAGAACUGCUACGACUGUGAUAUUUGUGGUAAAUCUUUCUCUCGAAAUGAUGACUUAAUUAAACACAAACGUAUUCAUACAGGAGAGAAGCCAUAUUAUUGUAAUAUUUGUAAUAAGUCAUUCACUCAAAAAAGUAAUUUAACUACUCACAGACGUAUUCAUACUGGAGAGAAGCACUAUCGCUGUGAUAUUUGUGGUAAAUUAUUCUUUCGAAAUGAUGAGUUAACUAUACACAACCGCAUUCAUACAGGAGAGAAACCAUAUCACUGUGGUAUCUGUGGUAAAUCAUUCUCCGUAAAUAGUACAUUAACAAAACACAAACGCAUUCAUACAGGAGAGAAGCCAUAUCACUGUGAUAUCUGUGGUAAAUCAUUCUCUGAAGGAGGUGCCUUAACUCAGCACAAACGUAUUCACACGGGAGUUAAGCCAUAUCAUUGUAAAAUCUGUGGUAAAUCAUUCUCUCAAAGCAGUAGUUUAUCUAAACACAGAGACAUUCAUACAGGAGAGAAACCCUAUCACUGUGAUAUCUGUGGUAAAUCAUUCUCUGAAAAUGGUACUUUGACUACUCAUAGGCGUAUUCAUACAGGAGAGAAACCCUAUCAAUGUGAUGUUUGUGGUAAAUCAUUCUGUCAGAAAAAUGAUUUAACUACUCACAAACGAAUUCAUACAGGUGAAAGGCCAUAUAACUGUGAUAUAUGUGGUAAAGCUUUUCCUCGAAGUGGUGAGUUAACAACUCAUAAACGUAUUCAUACAGGAAGAAAACCCUAUCAUUGUGAUAUCUGUGGUAAAUCUUUCUCUCAGAGUGGUUAUUUAACACCUCACAAGCGUAUUCAUACAGGAGAGAAGCCAUAUUGCUGUAACAUCUGUGGUAAAUCAUUCUCUCAAGGAAGUGCUUUGACCAAUCACAAACGUAUUCAUACUGGAGUGAAGCCCUAUAACUGUGAUGUAUGUGGUAAAUCCUUCUCUCGAAAUGAUAAUUUGACUAACCACAAACGCAUUCAUACUGGAGAGAAACCAUAUCACUGUGAUAUCUGUGGUAAAUCAUUCUCUCUGAGUUGUCAAGUAACUACUCACAAACGCAUUCAUACAGGGGCAAAGCCCUAUCAGUGUGAUAUCUGUGGUAAAUCAUUCCCACAAACAUGUGGAUUAAAUUCUCACAAACGUAUUCAUACAGGAGAAAAACCAUAUCAUUGUGAUGUCUGUGGUAAAUCAUUCACUGUAAAUAGUACAUUAACAAAACACAAGCGUAUUCAUACUGGAGAGAAGCCCUAUCACUGUGAUAUCUGUGGCAAAUCGUUUUCUGUAGGAAGUGAAUUAACUAUUCACAAGCGUAUUCAUACAGGAUUGAAGCCCUAUCACUGUGAUAUCUGUGGUAAAUCGUUCCCACGAGUAUGUGGAUUAACAAUUCACAAACGUAUUCACACAGGAGAAAAACCAUAUCACUGUGACAUCUGUGGUAAGUCAUUCUCAGAAGGAAGUCACUUAACUAAACACAAACGCAUUCAUACAGGAGAGAAACCGUAUCAUUGUGAUGCCUGUGGUAAAUCCUUUUCAGAAGGAAGUGCUUUAGCUAAACAUAAGCGUAUUCAUACAGGUGAGAAACCAUAUUGUUGUGAGAUCUGUGGUAAAGCAUUCACUGUAAAUAGUACCCUAACAAAACACAAACGCAUUCAUACAGGAGAGAAACCAUAUCAUUGUGAUAUCUGUGGUAAAUCAUUCUCUAAAAGAAGUCAUGUGACUACACAUGUAUGUAUUCAUACAGAAAAGUAAAUAUAUAAAUUUCAGUAUUUGUUUUAUGAAAAAAUAGCUUACAAAUAUAUCCAUACAGGAAAGGAGAUAUAACAGUGUCUGAUAACCUCCCAACAUUCUUUUAUAAAUCUUUCUCUUACUGUAUACAGUAGUCAGGUGCACUAUAAGUCAUCAGAAAUAGGUAAAUGAUGAGUCAGAAAAUGGCAGCAAGCCAUGUAAAGAAAGAAGGUAAAUACUCCCAAGCAUAUUUGAAGAGUACUCUAGAUAAAAGCUCAGUAAGAGCACAAAUAUAUCCAUUAGUGAGAACUUAGCACUGUGGUCUGUUUACACACAGUGUAGUACAGUUUUACCUGUUAGUUUCUAUGAAUUAUCUCCUGCAAACUCUCAAGUUCACCAAGUUGUAUACCACUGUAUGGACCAAUAUUUGCAUCAUCUUGAACACCUGAAAAUCAGUUAUUUUGUGAUGAUUCUUACUGAGUUAAGAAGAAAGGUGAAGAAUUCUUCAAUGUACCCAUUGAUGGUCUGAAAUAGACCCUGUGGCCUUUUAUAUUCUAAAUAUACUCAGAAAUGUAGAGGCCAGAAUAGGAUUAUUUCAUGAUGAGGGUCUAAGUCUUGUACAUAACAAGACAUGGAUAGAAAUAGAAAAAUAAAAUCUACUUAAAGUAUUUAACCAAUUAAAACUUAGGACUGGACAACAAUGAAUAUAUAUCUCAAAAUUGCUAACUACCUAGAUAUGGCAUUGAAUGUGUACACCUGAAAAUACUACCCACUCCUUAAAUGGAAUGAAGAGAUUACUUGUACAAACAAGGGCUCCAUCCACCACUCAUUGAUUAUUAAGUAUAUCACAAGCAACAUAACCAAAAAUAUCUCUUGUCUGUCUUUAGAUAAGAGUAUAUUUAAUAUGGCUACCUCCUACUAUAUAAAUGUACUAAAGAGAUACAUUUUGAAAUAAGUUAUAGAACCAUCUCCACUGGAACUAAUUGGCUCAAAAAUAGGAAAUCAUGUGAUACAAUCCUUUCUUUAGUAUGAAUGCAGCUACAAAUACUUAGACAUGCAUUUCCUUCCAAACCAUAAGUACCAGAAAAUCUUCGACAUAAACUCUGUUAAUGUUAGUUGUUUAGGCAGUAGAUCACACAGUGCAAAAGUCAAAAACAGUGUACCAUCAUCAUUACAGAUCUAUAUUUGUUGGCGCACAGUCAACUCUUGGAUAAAAAUUGCUUUGAAAAGGAGGUUGUGAAUAGAGUUGAUGCUUUAGAUAACCAGAAGGAAGGGAAAGGUGUAUAUCAGCCUCAACAAAAAUACAUUCAAAUCUUAAUACACAGCCCAUCUUGUUUAGACAGAGAGAAAUUACAGCAAUUUUACCUUAUUAUCAGAAUUCACAUAGAUCUU